UAUUCUUUCAGCGUAUUCCAGAGCAGUAGAUCUCUGCUUGUCUUUCAUCGAUGGAAGUCACAGAAAGCUUCAUUAGCACUAGUAGUCAAAAUGGCUGGUUUACUCACCUUAUUGGGCGACAUCACAAGAUUUGAUAUCUCCCUCCUUAGUUUCCUAGCAAAGCUGCUAUUCUUCGUACCGACUCUGGCCUUUUCUAUCUAUAUUGCCCUCAACGAGAUAGUACGACUACAAGGCCGAAUUAAUAACUUAUCAGGGCCAUGGGGUUACCCUUUAUUCGGGAGUCUUCCUUCUUUACGUGGCACCGCUACGUCGGACGAGUAUAGAAUAUGGGCUAAGCAAUAUGGAGACGUAUUCCAAGUGCCAUUGGGAAACACGACAGCCGUAGUAGUGAAUAGUACAGCGGCUGCCCGUGCGCUUUUCAUUGGACAACGGGAGGCAACAAACUCGCGUCCUGUAUUCUACGUCCUACACAAGAAAGUACAACAGGGAGGGCCUGUAACGAGCAUCGGAACUAGUCCUUGGGAUGACAGCUGUAAGCGGCGACGUAAAGUUUCUGCCACAGCCCUGAAUAAAACCAGUACAGAGAGUUAUCUUCCUAUAUUAGACCUCGAAUCAAGAGCAUUGACACUAGAUAUCUUAUCUAGCUGCAAGGGCGGCGAUGUAUCCGUCGACGUGCUUGACCUGACGCGCAAGUUCGCAUUAAACCUUAGCUUAACGCUGGCUUAUGGAACGCGCGUUGAGGAUGUGAAAGAUUUGCAUAGAGACCUAGUUAUCUCUGAGAUCAUAUAUAUCGAAGAAGAGAUAUCAAAGUUCCGGAAUCCCACUAGCAACUUUUCUAAUUACAUCCCGCUUCUCCGGCCCCUUAAUACUGUUGCGGGGUGGCUCGGGCUACAGAAGGGUUCACAUAUGGCAGACGUGGGGAAACGGCGGUACGCUUAUCACCACGUCUUACAGGAGAAACUAAAGAGAGAUAUCGCGGAUGGUGUUGACCGUCCUUGUAUUCAAGGAAACGUCCUGAAGGAUCCAGAGAGUAAAGGUCUCACCGAGGGCGAGCUACUUAGUAUCGGACUUAGCAUGCUCGCAGGCGCUGACACUACUAAACGAUCGCUGAUGUGGGCUAUCCUGCUCCUAGCGCACCGUCCGGACAUUCAGGAGAGGGCCUACAAGGAGAUCGUGGAGACAGACGCCCGCUUACUUGAGUCACCAAAUGUCGCGCACUCUAGGGUCGAGUACGUAGAGGCUUUCACAAAGGAAAUCGGCCGCUAUUUCGUAGUCCAGCGCCUUGCAUUGCCGAAAGCCACAUACUCGCACGUUCAGUGGAAAGGCGCAGUCAUUCCCCCUAAUACGCUACUGUUUCUAAACUCCUGGGCAUGCACGCGAGAUCCGUCCGUAUUCUCGGACCCCGAUACAUUUGCACCAGAGCGUUGGAUGGACGGCGACCAGACAGCGAAUCGACACCAGUAUGCUUUUGGCAUCGGAGGUCGAAUGUGUAUCGCAAGCCAUGUUGCUACCAAGGCCCUCUAUGCCGUAUUCCUCCAUCUCAUCGCACACUUCCAAAUCCUACCAGCGGGAGACACAACGGACCCCAUUGUUGCGGAUCCUAUAGAGGGCUUACUUGCCCGGGAAAAUCCCAUCGCGGGACCGAAAGCUAGGACGGUGCGGUUUGUGCCGCGAAAUGUCGAUGCAACUCGACGGAUGUUGUCCUCGGAGUCUUAGUAGGAAGAGCACACACACGCAGAGAUCAAGAAGGAGAGUUAGAACUAAGACUGAUAUAGAUAGUAGCUUUGAGUAGUGUUAAUAUGCAUAAGACUCCUAAAUAGAAUGUAGCGGAGAUAAGUCUGAUUAAAAAAUGAAAAAAAAGGCCCCUGCCGAUUAUAGAUCUAUCCAGCCUACCAGAUUAUACUUUAGUAUUU